AUGGAAACUGCACCCUCCACUUUCUGGCCGCAAGGGUAUCCACCUAACUUUAAUGCCCACUCCCGGACACGGAUCGUUGACAUUGGUGAACAUAAACUCCCCUUACCACUUCAGCCCUCAUUACAAUAUCCAAUUGAUCGGUUUAACGCCGGAGAAAAUCCAUUACCAAUGGGCCUAAUACCGGAUCCAGUCAAUACUGCCUAUGCAGGACUAAAUGCCACCGCAAUGCCAGGCCUUACCUUCAGCCCGCUGGACGGAGACGCAGGAUCAUCAUGGCACUCUUCAAUCCGGGACGACGACCAACGGAGCUCUUCAACAGAUAGUAGUGCUUCUGGACGUGGCUUCCCUACCUGGGGUCAAGGUAGUCCUGUAAUGUCUAGUUACAGAUCCAAUUCUAUAGGGAUGCCAUUCCCGGACGCGGCAGGCUCACCUUGUGAAUCUACUUCCUAUUCCUACAAGUCUUCCGAAGUUAUCGACCCAAAUCUUACACUAAACUUUCAAAGCACCGAUAUUUACGAACCUACUAUCAAGUUUGAAUUUCCAUUCACAAAUACGAUUCAAAACGCGGAAUUUGACCAGGAUUCGUUCCCGCUUGACACACCAUACUACACACAGCCCGUGCUACCGAAUUUCCACGAUGGAAAUACUUGGGCCCAUAGAGUACCGGUUACUCGUUCACAGUCUCAAAACGACGGUCGAACACACUCUCAGAGCUCCUCAAGGAGCUCCAACAAUGGUUCGUCUAGGUCCUCCAAAAAUUUAUCGAGGACACCAGUGUCUCCCAUCUCCAAAAGGAGGGCCGAGAGGCGCAGAAGUUCUUCCAGCAGCGACGACCAACCUGCAAGAUCAAGCAACCGGCCGAAGACCUACAAGAAAAAGAUUCCAUUCCAUUAUUGCCAAGAACAGGGUUGCAAGGUCGAUAACGUUCGCUUCAAGAAUAAGUCUGAGCUUAAAAAGCACAUUGAAACCCAACAUACGAAGCCCUACCUCUGCAUCUUCGGCUUCGUGGGUUGUAGCGCUCGCUUCGGUGCUCGUAAUGAAUGGAAAAGACACAUCGCAACACAGCAUCUCUUCCUAUACAGAUACAUCUGCGACCACCAAGACUGCGUCGAGAAGAACAAAGCCAAAACAGCCUUCAAUCGUGGAGAUCUCUUCAUGAAACAUCUUGAACGAAUGCAUGCCAUCCCGAAUUUGGGCGACCGCAAACCAGGUGACCCGGAACUCAUUGCCUGGAAAAAGGAGAUGAGAGAAACUAAGCAUCGCUGCGAGCAAUUACGUCCUCCACCACAGCGAAUGACCUGUGGAUUUUGCCCUACAACCUUUGAAGAGGGGGAUAAGACAUGGACAGAACUUAUCGACCAUGUUUGCCUUCACUACCAGAAUAAUGAUGAGAAUAUGAAAAGAUCAAACGGCUAUAGAGAUGACCCCGAUCUCAUCGCCUGGAUGAAAGACAAUAAGCUGUUCAAGAAUAUUAACGAUCCUAUGGACGUUGAGUCUGAGAGCUCCUCAAGCAGAGGGAACAGAAAGCACUCCUAUGCCUCGUCAAGCGAGUCUUCGAGUGCAAGGCAAAUCAAACAGGAGCAGGUAGAUUCUUUCUAG